AUGACACAUAUAACACAUCCAAAGAGUAUUAGCGCUCGUCGUGAAUCUGCUUCCACGAAGCUAUCGAAUAACCGAACAAUAAGAGGAUUUCAUAGAGGCUUUGAAGCAAUAACAAUUGCCCCUGUAAACGAGGAAAGACGGUGGUUUGAUGUCCUCCUCGAGCGGAUUUAG